GACCCAGACUGACCCAGUUUCUCGUAAGAGUUAGCAGAGGUAACAGAACCAACAAACCAGCCAAGAAACUAUUUAGUCGCUGCAAUGGUGGUCAAGUUUCAAGUCUUCAAGAAGAGCGCCCGGAAUGAUAAGAUCACAUUGUACCUAACCCGCCGGGACCAUGUGGAUCACGUCACUCACGUCGACAACAUCGAGGGCGUGCUGGUGCUGGAUCCCAACUACGUACACUCAAGGAACGUGUACGUGCAGGUGGCAGUCAAUUUCAGGUUUGGACGUGAGGAUGAUGAGUCUCUGGGCUACAGCUUCGUGAAGACAAUGUACCUGCAUACCAUACAGGUGUACCCACCCGAGAAGGAGAGACCCACCACGGAGAUACAGAGGAACUUGAUCUCCAAGCUGGGUAACUUCGCCUUCCCUUUCUCCCUCGCCUUCCCUGAGCUAUCAUCGCCAUCCUACUCCCUCAUGAUGGGGUGGCAGGAUCAAGGCUCCCUCAUGGGCCUGGAGUACGAGGCGAUGGGCUUCGUGGGCUCAAAUGAACACGACAUGCAGGAGAGGAGCACCGCCCGAAUGAUCGUCCGUAGACUUAUGGAUUGCCCUUUGAGCCUCUUCGAUAAGCCCCCGCCACAGAAGAAUAUCUCACGCUCCUUCCUGACGUGCACCGGGAGCGUGAGUAUCGAGGCCAAACUGAAUUCCCAGGUGUUUUACCCCGACGAGAACAUAAUGGUGAAGAUCGAGCUGAAGAACAACACGUCCAGGGAGAUCAAGAGGCUAAAGGUUCGUCUCUGGUACAGAGGGCAGGUGCCAAUGUUCCAGGACCGCCAGGCCAGGGACAGAACAAUCUGCAAGGUCGAUGACCCUCUCAAUCUUCCACCAGGAGCGCUGACCAACAGGGAGUUUGUGCUGGUCCCCACCGUUCCCAGCAAACCAGCACACGGCGAGGUCUUCUUGCAGCCCAGUAUGAAGGAUGAGGACGAGCCAUGUCUAGCGCCCUCCACUCUGAUCGCUCCCUCCAUCAAGAAGCGGGAUUUGUUCGGCAUCUACGUGUCCUACAUGGUGAGGGUGAAGGCCACGCUGGGAACGCUUGUCGGGGACGCUAUCCUGGACAUCCCCUUCGUGUUGGCUGUGCAGCAAGGGUCGUGAUUCUGUGGUCGAUGCUGGUGAAGAAACGAAUGAUGGUGAUGAGGAGGGUAAGGGUGACGACGUAUUUAUGACAUCUCAGCAGGGAGCACCAUGUCAUCAUUCUUCGUUAAUUAAUACACACCUAAACUAAUACUGCAUCGUUCCUUUGUUUAUUUUUAGGGUAAUCUUGGAAAAAUAGGAUUUUGUUAUGCACUUAUAUCAUUAACACGUACUGCCACGGCUCUGAGGGUACAGUUAAGAAAUGUUAAAGCUAAAAAGUUGUACUCCUACUUCUGCUACUACGACAAACACAUUAACAGCAAAAAUAAUAACAACAACAACUAGCAGUUAUUAUAUUACAACAACAGCAACAACAACAACAACAACAACAACAACAACAACAACAACAACAACAACAACUGCUACUACUACUACUACUACUACUACUACUACUGCUACUACUACUUAUAUUACCAAUGCUACUACCACUAACCAUGGAUCAAUACAAUACACACUAUAUUACUUCUUUUAUGGUCAUAGUUUCUUCUUAAGUUUUCGUUAGUGAAGAAAUAAUAGGGUAAGGUUUAAUAUGUUAUCCUUAAACUUCUAUCUGCUAACUUCUAUAUGUAAAAUGUUUUUUUUUCUGAUAGCUUCAGCUUUACACAUUUACACUUUUAUUAUUAUAACUUAUUUAUUAUUAUUAUUUUUUCAUUAGUAUUGAUAUUAUUAACUUUUCUCAUACACAGGAGAAGCAUCCAGUGUACGUGUUACUUCAACUGUGAAUAUGUCAGAGAGCAUUGUGUGCGUCUUUUUUGUUUGCUUGCUUGCUUACGUGUGUGUGUGUGUGUGUGUGUGUGUGUGUGUGUGUGUGUGUGUGUGUGUGUGUGUGUUUGUGUAUAUAUAUUAAUCACUAGGUUUUGUAUUGAGGAGGAGAGUGGAGGGAGACACAAUAAAGACAAACUAAACAGUAACAAGAAGAAAA